CACUAGCGUACAUAUUUCAUAUUUAUCUGCCUUCAGGGGGAAUCUGUAUAUCCAAUGGAGGAGACACCAAAUAAGCCCGAAGACACACCGCGCGACUACAAGAUCAUGGCGCUGCUGCUGCAGUCUCGGGGUGUCGAAGACUGCGACCCAAGCGUCAUCAACCUGCUGCUCGAGUUCUCACACAGAUACACAGUGGAUGUCCUGCAGGACGCGCUCGUGUACGCCGAGCACGCAAAGAAGAACGAGAUUGACAUGGAGGACGUACGUCUGGCCAUCCAGGGCCGCGUAAACUACUCGUUCACGUCGCCGCCCGAGAAGGAGUUUUUGUUGGAGCUGGCGGAGGAGCGUAAUAAGCACCCGUUGCCGCUGAUUCCAGAGAAAUAUGGCGUCCGUCUGCCGCCAGAAAAGCACACGCUGACCGGCGUCAACUUCCACAUCGUGCCCGAGAAGAAGGCACAGAAGCAGCAGCAACAGCAGCAACAACAGCAAUAGGAUAUUCAGUUGCCCGCAUGGUAGCGCCUUGCCAAUACAUUUCACAACAUACAGCUCAA